AUGAGCUACUACUACUCGUCUGCCUCCGAGGAAGAUGGCAGUUCCCAGUACCUGGGCAGUCCCAACUACAACUUGACCCAGUUGCCAGUUUCUGCCCAGGAUUACGGACAGGCGGCCUACUUAUCGCCGGAAUGGCAAUUCCUGGAUGCCGCGGGCGGAGCACAAACGGAACUAGGACCCAUAAUGGAGGUGCAAGAACAGUCCACUCAGCAGCAGACCACCAAACGACGGAGUAACAGCUCCACGGGAUCGGACGCCAGGAAGAGCAGCCCAGAGCAGACCAAUCUCAGUCCCACGGUCCAGAAGAGGAGACGACAGGCAGCCAAUGCGCGGGAAAGGAAGCGGAUGAAUGGAUUAAACGCUGCUUUCGAGCGGCUAAGGGAAGUGGUGCCCGCUCCCUCCAUCGACCAGAAGUUGUCCAAGUUCGAGACUCUCCAGAUGGCUCAAUCCUACAUCCUGGCCCUGUGCGAUCUCCUCAACAACGGCGACGUGGAGGUGGAUGCCGCUGCAUACACGAUUUUCGGCGACAGCGAUAGUGGAUUUGGGUUAAGCGGAGGAUCGUUGUCCUAG